CUGGCUUGUGGACAGUCUUUACACUCGGAGGUGUAGGAAGCAAGCGAGCCUCUCAACAGGAAGAAUCAUCACCUCUCGCUAAUCAAAGUCUGUUGUUGCUGCUCAUCUUAGUAAACCUGACCGAUGCUGCAGAUACACCCAACCCUUAUAAACAAUCGGUUGUGUCCUUCAGGAACACACAAGAUAGCACGGCUUUGUCUUCGCCAAAUCCUCACGCUUUCCAGAUCAAUUUUAAUAGUUUGUACACCACGUUGUGUGAGCAGCAAAACUCUGACAACGCCACCCUGCUCUUGUACAGCCUUUUGCACCAGAACAGCAAUGUUCGAACAUAUAUGUUGGCCCGGACAGAUAUGGAAAACCUGGUUUUGCCAAUUCUUGAGAUUCUUUAUCAUGUUGAAGAAAGGAAUUCACAUCACGUUUAUAUGGCACUGAUAAUUUUGUUAAUCCUUACCGAAGAUGACGGCUUCAAUCAAUCCAUUCACGAAAUUAUACUGAAAAAUAUCACUUGGUAUUCAGAGCGUGUGCUGACCGAGAUUUCGCUGGGGAGCCUUCUGAUUCUCGUCGUAAUAAGGACCAUUCAGUACAACAUGACAAGGACGAGGGACAAGUACCUCCAUACAAACUGCUUGGCAGCCCUCGCCAACAUGUCCGCCCAGUUCCGCUCCCUUCACCAGUACGCCGCGCAGAGGAUCAUCAGCUACACCUGCCGCCAUUUGCGGAGAUACGUCUGUGUCUUGGACAGAUUGUAUUUCCCCCGCCAGUCCCACUGCUCUGCGCUGGAGCGUUGCUUCUCAGCCCUCGGCGACCACGGAGAGGAACUCUUGACUUUAACUUGCUCUCACAUGCUCAGAUCCUAUGCUUCCAGCUUGUUUUCGUUGUUGUCCAAAAAGCACAACAAAGUUUUGGAACAGGCCACGCAGUCUCUGAGAAGUUCCCUGUCUGCUCCUGAUUCUCCACUUCCAGAUUACGCCCAGGAUUUGAAUGUAAUUGAAGAAGUCAUUCGAAUGAUGUUAGAAAUAAUCAACUCCUGCUUAACAAAUUCCCUCCAUCAUAACCCCAAUUUAGUGUAUGCCCUGCUAUAUAAGCGGGAUCUCUUUGAGCAAUUUCGAACUCACCCCUCUUUCCAGGAUAUAAUGCAGAAUAUAGAUCUGGUGAUCAGCUUCUUUAGCUCGCGGAUUGAGCAUCCUGGCGCUGCCCUGUCCGUGGAACGGGUACUCGAAAUUAUCAAACAAGGAGCCGUGGCCCUGCCCAAAGACAGGCUCCGGAAAUUCCCAGAGCUGAAGUUCAAAUACGUGGAGGAGGAGCAGCCCGAAGAGUUUUUCAUCCCCUACGUUUGGUCUCUGGUCUACAACUCCGCGGUGGCCCUUUAUUGGAACCCGCAAGAUAUCCGGCUUUUCACCAGGGAUUCGGGUUGAGACCCCACAGCGAAGGCAAAAGCCAGCCCCCGUCCUCAAAGGAGUGCUUCCCAACUGAGACUUCCCAAGAAGGGACGCUUGUUCCCCUUGUACAGCCCCACUUAUUAUUUCCCUGGGAGGCAGGUCAGAAGCCAGAAAAAACACACGUUGGACUCCAAUAAGAUUGUAUGCUAGUUUUUAAACCUAUCUAUUUGUAAAGCCAAGAGAUGGGGAGGGGGGUGUAUUUUUUUCCCAUCCACACUGGCACUUGGGUCGGAAGAACUCGACGAUAAGGUGAGAUAUUAACACCAGUCAGCUUUUUUUUUUGUGGGGGGGAAACCCACAAAAUAAUGCAAAGUGAGGGAAUGUGAGAAAAUAUAUUUUGUUUGGGGUAAGUCAGCGUUUGCAAAGGUGGUUUUCUUCUUUGCCUUCUCUCAGCGUAUCUGCAAAAGCCUUUGAGGUUUUGCUGUGGCUUCCAGCUUGAUCUCUGCAGACUUUAGUACCUUUUCACGCUGGGUGUAACGGAAAUGUCUAAAUUAACCCUGUGGCAUUGAUUUUUUUAUUUAUUUUUUUUAAAUGCUUCAUUUUGAAAGGCACUAAAAUUACCGUUUCUUGCUCUGCAAAUCUCAAAAAGUCCCCAAAAAAAGAAAAUUAAGAGCAGCUCACAAUUCAUGGUUUCAGAAGUACUGUUACACCAGUGUAGGUUUCUCCAAAGUUUCACUGAUGCUUCUCCCCCAAAACACACCCAGAAACACACACACACACUUCUGAGGCUUCUUUCAGAUAAAUUGUUCUUGACAGAAAUUGGCAGGCACACACAUUUCAAAAUAAAUGGUCCAUGUUAUGUACCUUAAAGAGAAUGGGCAACAUGCUACAGGAGAGGAAAAUGGGGGAAGCACUUAGUAUAGCAUUCACACACCAUAUGAGCUUGUGAUUGUUAUUUUCCCAAAAAAAAAACCAAACCCACCGCUCUAGGCCAGGCUGCCAAGUUAAGGAGCGAAAAAGAUCCACAAUCGUCUUGCCCACUCUACUCUUUUACAGAAAAAAAAAUAUACGACAUAACAAAAUAAAGAUGACAUGGGAGACUGGCAAGGUGUGUGGAAGAGGAGCCCCCCCCCUUUUAAAUAUCUUUUCACAAAUUAUUUUGCUUGGUUUUUAACCUCCUGACCAAUAUUAGAACAGCAUGGUUCCUUCCCCCCCCCGUGUCUAUUUUGUAAAAAUGCCGCUUAAAAUACAACCAUAUUUACUUCCUUCUGCAGCUGUAGAGAAAACUGCGUAGCGACUUCGAGUUCAUUUAGUUUUGCACAGAGACGGAUUUGGGGUGUCGGGGGAUAUAAGCGCCGUUUUUUAAAAAAAAUUGGAAGGCGACCUGAUGACGGGAGAAAUAUUUCACACGGUGUUUGGUCUCUUGGCGAGUUGAAUGUCUUGCAACCCUCUCCUUCCAAUAAAUGGCUGUU